CUUGUCUAUUACAACAGCAAAGGGCCAAUUAUUGACCGUGUCCAAAAAACUUUGAUUGAAAGCAUUUGGGGCACUAUUAGUGGCUUAUACCAAUGACCCAGUUCAUGUGAUUGAAUUCAUGAUUGAGCGAAAAAUAAAAGCAAGGAAAUAAAAUCAUAAUGAAUUUGAAGAUGAUAGAAGAAGAGUACUUAGAUUAUUUUUUAGUUCCGUCAGGACUUGUAGUUCUUGGAAUAUACCAUCUAUGGCUUCUCUUCACCAUUAUUCGACAUCCUACAACAACUGUUAUUGGCCUUAAUGCUAUAAGUCGUCACCAAUGGGUUCACCACAUGAUGAGCGAUCCGGCGAAAAACGGUGUUCUAGCUGUACAAACAAUACGGAACAAUCUAAUGGCUUCAACUCUUUUGGCAACAAUAGCAAUAACUCUUAGUUCGCUGAUCAGUGCUGUUGUAAGCAGCUCGAAUUCUCUCAUCUUUACAAUACACACUACCAAGUAUUUAUCAGUUCUAAUAUGCUUUCUUGUAGCAUUCUUCUGCAAUAUGCAGAGCACCAGAUACUAUGCUCAUGUUAGUUUCUUACUUAAUGUACCUUCUUCGUAUGAUGACGAUGUGAGAGGAGAGUUUGUUGAGUAUGUUGCCCAACAUCUGAACCGUGGUGGCCUGUAUUGGUCUUUGGGACUGAGAGCCUUUUACUUCUCUUUCCCUCUUCUUCUUUGGAUCUUCGGCGCUAUUGCAAUGCUGGCUUGUAGUUUUUUGAUGACAAUUUUGCUGUAUUUCUUGGAUACUGCUAGCUCUUCCCCAAGGUGCUUUCGAACUUGUGUUGUGAAGCAGGAUCAUCGCAACACUGAUGUUGAGUCAGCAGUUUACUCAAUGGGGACUGAUUGGACAGGGGAUUCGAACAUUCAUCGUUCGCUACUGGGAGGCAGCAAGCUACAUUCAACUUGUGAUACCAAUGUGUUCCCUUCUGCAUAGGAGUUGUGAUUUUGAAUGCAAGCUUGUAAAAGUCAAGGGGCUGACCGACCUUGUGAAGCAAUGUCCUCUGAGGAUUUGAAGGAGCAGGAAGUAAUUUUUCGUUUUGACGACUAUUUCAAACUAAUUAAUGGCGACUUGGUGUGAAAUGUAAUGGAAUGGCUUGCCUCCUAGCUAGGUUGCCUUGCACUCAGGGAGGACACACCCAAAAAAAAAACAGCUUUAUAUAUAGUACUUUCACCUACGCAAAAUCUUAUUAUCUGCAAUAAAAUCAGACUUUAUCCGUUUGAAUUUUCCUA